AUGCGCGACUUGUCCACAGCAGCUGGAACUGGGAGCAUUGCACUCUUAACUUGUGAUGUUGACUUCAUGGACGCCAUUCAACGCCUGCAUCUUGGCAGUUCUAUUUUGGUGCUCAUUCCUUCCCGAGCUUUCAAUGUCAUCCGGGCGUACCAAGAUGCUGGGGUCCGGGUUUUGGAGGUGCCCGUGCAACAGAACAGCCCCAGGGUCAGGGCCAUGCUCGAAGACGGGACUGGACAUGUGCAGUUUGCAGACCCGUAUAUAUCCUUUGAUGGCCACCACGAGGCACGACUGUGCCAGAGCUUCCUGAAGGAUUUGGAUUUCUACAAGGAGGAGGAAUCCCAGGAAUACCUCAUCCAUGCGGCAGCUAAGUUUUGGCACAGGAACGCGAAGGGGCCACUGACGGUGUUUCCGCAGCAGUGUGCCACGCUCGAAGUGUGCAGGCUGGCCGAGGCUGACAGGUCGCGGGCUUGGCAGAAGUAUACAAAAGAGCUUGCAUUUCUGAUUCCGAAAAGCGCACACCCGAGCCCAUCCUCCCAACUCCGCAGAAAGUAUGGGAACGCAGCGGCUUCUGCCAUACAUCGUGGUGGUGGGCCGUUCAUUCUCGAAGACUCCUCGCACAUGGUUCGUUCGGCCCUGCGGAGGCUGGGAUAUCUGGACAAGUACAUGAACAACGACUUUGACGAGGCCAUGUUUGUUUUCGUCAAUGUUUCGAACAACACGUACAAACUGCGAAAACAGCUGGAUGCCUUGCCUCGGGCCGCGGACCAAAGCAAAGACGUAGCGGAAGCAAAGACGUAG